AUGACUGUCAACUCUGCUUCCAUGGCUGCCUCCGCCAGGCGAUACCGUUCAGACGGGCUAGGAGGGAUCUUCAUGGGCGAGGAACUCGCAGUUUUUCCCGAUGGCGGCACGAAUGACAGUCAGCCAUUGACCGAAGCUUGGGGUCUGCGCUCGGGGGUCUACACCCCACGGCAACUCGUCCAGAAUUUUGCCAGCUUACUCGACACGGUGGUAUUUCGCCUCGGUAGUGAUCCCCCGGGAUCAGUGUCCGCUCGCCACAGGCUUCUGGAGAACCUUUCUGCCAAUCUAUCGACAGACACCCGAGAAGCAACGCUUCGCCUAGCAGAACCACUAGACAUUUCGCGGAGAGAGGUGCGAGAUCAGGCCGAUACAAUUGGCAAGACGCUGUUGGCGUGGGCCGGGGAGUUGAAAUCACCCUCAUUCAACCCCGAACUGUACCUGCGGAGUCCUUGCGAAGGUCAUUUACUCACACCCUCUAAUGUCGAUCUCAUGUUUGGCGACCGCAGCAAGCCCCACUUGAUGCAACUGUUUAAUGAGUACUUACAUCAAAUGGUGCUUUUACGAGACGCUCUUCUCCCCUUUUCGAAUUACCAAGAUGUCCUGAUCCCGGUGGGUCGCCAGGCCAGAGGAUUAAGGCAUCUCGAACCGGCACGCAGCCAGUUCCUAGCUGAGAUCUUGACCAAGCAAGCUACGCAGAAGGGUCUGGUCUUGUAUGCAAGGGCGUUACUCGCUCCGGAGCUAGACAACAGCCCUCAUGUGGGGUAUGGAUUUCAGUACAAACACGGCUCUGUGCUGCCUGCUUUCUUGGCUGGUGGUCCAACCCCUCUACAUCUCGUGCAAUAUGUGCCAUGCAAGUUUGGCUCCACCGAAGAAGCUACUAGUAUGGUGUUCGACUAUAGCCUGGAAGAUUACUACAGCGCCCAUCGGACCAUGGUUCCCCUCGGCCCAGGUUCGCUUGCAGACCUGCCCGCUGCUAGAGAGCCCGUCGUACAACAUGUUUCGAUAGAAUUGACCAGAAUGUCUCUGCAGAGUAGAACCUGUCAGCUGAAUUUUACCUUGAGGCUCGAGGGCGCGGAAUCAGUCGCAGUCGACUUAGGCCAGGUCGCCCGUGGUCAUCGAUACUCCUACGGUGCCCAGGAGACGUCAGCGAAUGGCUCGGCAAGUCGGAAGGAUUCCAUCGACUCUGGUCCACGCACGCAGGUCCACGAUGCCCUCAGUAUCUUGGGAGUUGCAGGUGACGGACUUCUCACGGCCAAGGAUGGCUUGCAUAUAAUCCCCGCCAAUCAUGCAGCCAUCGCUCUGGCGAUCCUCGGUAAGAUAUAUCCGGAAAAUGUUGUGCUCCUGCCGGAGAAUGAGAGUAUUGGCCAAGUCCAGGGCGCUGGAAAGGCCUUUGAGCCCAAGUUCGUCAUUUGGGGAGGUUCUCGGCGUGGCGGCCUCAAGGGGACGUUUUGA